CCAACAUUUCCCAUCCCCUCCAUCUCGCCGCUCCGCCUAUAAAAACACCUCGCCCCCAACUUGAAUCCAGCCCCAAUCCACCAACAACUCCAUUAACCCACCACCAGCAGCAGCAGCAAGCUCAGCCCAUCGUCGGCGCCAACCGAGGUCGAUGGCGAAAUGCAGCAAGAUCCGCAACAUCGUGUGGCUGCGGCAGACGCUGCGGCGGUGGCGGUCGCGCGCCGCGGCCCGUUCCGCCUCGUCCUCGUCUCCGGUCCCGGCGGGCCACGUGGCGGUGUGCGUGGGCGGCGCGUCGCGGCGGUUCGUGGUGCGGGCGGCGCACCUGAACCACCCGGUGUUCCGGGAGCUGCUGAGGCAGGCGGAGGAGGAGCUCGGCGGCUUCCCGUCCUUCCAUGGCCCCGUCGCGCUCCCGACCUGCGACGAGGCGCUCUUCGAGCACGUCCUCCGCCACCUCUCCUCCCCUUCCCCCGCCGCGCGCUUCCUCACCCUCGACGACCUCCAGUCAGCCGCCGGCGCCGCCCUCUCCCCCUGCUGCUGCGCCGCCGCCGACGCGCUCCCGCUCCUCCGCGGCAUCUCCUCCGACAAGUUCGUCUGGUGAUCUCAUCUCCAAGCAAGCGAAGCUAGCUAUAGCCGCCGCGCGCUCCACGCCAUUUGUGGUGGCCGUCGUGUUAUUUUCUCUUUCUUUUUCCUCCUUUUUUUUGGGGGUUCUCUUCUCCCUGUCCCUGCAUUGCCGAGAGGUCGGAGCUGCGCUGCCGCGACGGAGCGAGGUCGAGCGGCCGGCCGGAGGCGGUGGAGUGAGAUGGCUGAGAACGUCUUUGGGAUUUUUUGGAGACGGCCGAGUCUAGCCAUCCAUUCAUUCGAUUCAAACCCGGGAGAAAUUAUUUAGUGCCGGUGAUUUGUUCUUUUUUCUUUCUUUUUUUUCUCUCGGUUCAGUCACUGAAUAAUUUCACCCACUGUAAAUAGCCUGUGCUAUGAUCCGGCCGACAAUUGCAAGUGAAAUGAAACAUUCUUUUUCUGGACAAA